UGUUUUACUAGACCGGUACGAGCCGUAGACCGGCAACGUGUUCCUCCAUCGUGAAUCGCGCGUUCGCUUUCAAACACCUCCGCGUCCGUUCCUCCAUUCAUCCCGAAACUUUCAACCACCGACCGUCUGCCGUUCUUCCGCGCGUCCAUUCAUCGCCACCAUUCUUAAAGUUUGUACACGUGGCCCGAUAGUUUGCGCGUAAUAGACUAUAAGUGACGAAACUGAAGAUGCAAGUCUGUCCGGAGGAUCCUGGUUUACAUUGCGUUCCCAGCGGCAAACACUGGGAUCAAAGGAGCACCAACCAAAGGAAGAAACCCUCGACGCUCCGCGAGCUCGUCGAAGCCCUCCACGAAGCCUUUAAGACCGACCACGUGAACAUCGACGACGUUCAAGAGCUUAUGGCGUCCUACCAGAGUAAUCCUUCAGAAUGGAAGAAAUACGCGAAGUUUGACAGAUACAGGUACACGAGAAACUUGGUCGACGAAGGAAACGGAAGGUUCAAUCUUAUGGUGUUGUGUUGGGGCGAAGGCCAUGGAUCAGCUAUACACGAUCACGCGGACGCGCAUUGUAUAAUGAAGAUUCUGCAGGGUGAACUUUGCGAGACACGAUACGCGUGGCCCUCGAAAGCUGGAGUUAACAACGAGUCGAACGAACCAGAAGAACUGAAGGAAUUGGAUAGAACCACUCUCGAUGUUAAUGAAAUAUGCUACAUAAAUGACUCAAUGGGACUUCACCGUGUGGAGAACCCGAGUGCAGUGAAUCCUGCUAUCUCGCUACACCUAUAUUCGCCGCCAUUUUCAUCGUGUUCGGUCUUUAAUAAGCAAACCGGCCAAAGAACCACGUGUAAAGUCACAUUCUGGUCGAAGUACGGAGAGAAGAGAAGCCGAGAAAUUCAAGACGCCAGGUGUCCCGAAGACAAUUAAUGCAACGAAAAUAUUCGUCGCGACUGCAAUUUGUUUUUUGAAUCCUUAAUGUGUUAAGCGAGACGAAUG